CAUUUUGACCGAUUGCCAUACUUUCAGUUAGGAAAGUAAAAUAUAUAUAUAUAUUAAAAUUAAUUUUAGAAGAUAAUAGAACUUAAAUUUUAAUUAUAAUUUUACAACUAGGUAUACACGAUGCCAGAAUAUCUCAGGAAACGUUUCGGAGGCCAAAGAAUCAGGAUAUAUUUAUCAGUUCUCGCUCUUCUCUUAUACGUAUUUACUAAAAUUUCGGCUGAUUUAUACGCUGGAGCCAUAUUCAUCAAUCAGUCGAUUAAGCUGGAGUUAUACAGUUCAGUUCUAACCUUAUUAGUAAUAUCGGCGCUGUUUACCAUAUCCGGAGGUUUAACGGCGGUUAUGUGGACAGAUUCGGCUCAGACUGUGUUAAUGCUCAUAGGUGCCUUCGUUUUAAUGAUACUGAGUUUUAUUAGAGUCGGAGGUUACACCGAAUUACUCGAGAAAUUUGCUAUGGCUCAACCCAAUGAUAGUUAUAUAGGGUAUGGCAUAGAUAAUAAGUCUUGCAGUUUGCCACCCGACAAUUACAAGCAUCUUUUAAGAAGCGCGAGCGAUCCAGAAUUACCUUGGACCGGAAUUACCUUUGGCUUGACAAUAUCAGCAGUCUGNAAAUAA